AACAGCUGACUAUUCGGCUGCAAGUCUGCAUCUGCAAGCGCAAGCUUUAACCUGCAAAGUACGGCAAGAGCAAGAUUAUUUCUAGACGUUUAUUUUGAGGUUCUGUAAUUAAUCAAAAUGUCUGCUCUAAGAGCAGUUUUCAAGACCCACUUGCCACUUUCAAGUGUCAGAAUUGGAACUCAUUCAAUUGCCGCUGUAAAAACAGAGAGGCCUCUCACCAUCUUCCAAUUAUCGAAUAAUACUGCUCUAACAUGCCGUCGCUCAGUCAGCAAUACAGUACAGUCUUCCCCGGACAAGGUGGAGGAAGCCAGGAAGGUGAAGGAAGGAGACGAGGCUGAGGAGGACCAAGGGCCGGUGAAGUUCACCACGAGUCGGGCGGCCGCGUGGAGGGCAGAGCACACGUGGAAAGGGAGUGACGAGGAUGUGCCCGAAAUACAGCCACUUGUCGUCAGUCUAAGCAUGGCCGCCCUCUUGGUCUACUUCUGCUUGCUAAGAGAGGAGAACGAUGUCGACCAGAAACUUGUCAAGGACUUGGAGGACUACUUGUAAAAACUAUUAUGGCUUUAUGAAUUGAACUGAAGUGAAAAAAGUAUUAAUAAUAUUUUCCGAGUGAAGAUCUUGACAACAUCCAAUGAGUUUGAAGUGAAAAAUCGACAUAUUUGCUUUAAUAAUUGUGCUAAUGGGUGAGAAUAUGCUUUUAUUUUGCAGUAGUUUCAACAAAGACAAUCUAGCAUAUUAAUUUGUGUAUAUUAUCUGUAAAAUGGUUUUAUUGUAUAGUAAACAUUAAAUGUUAUUAGUUUUUUUAUUUUGUUCAGUUGAAUGUAAUAUUUGAACCUUUUA